GUGUACACCGCUCUGACAGGUACCCCGGCGCAUGCGCAGUCGGCGUGCUCGGAAUCGCAGGCCGCCUGGAAUAGCGGAAGAAGCCGAUUGAUCGUUGCUUUCAGGGCAAAAGUGGGAACACAGACUGCUUCUGAAGCCAUGAGUACAAAUAACCAGUGGGAUGUAAACAAAGCGCUUACUCUUGCCAGUCUUUUCCAUUUUCUUUAUGGUGCAGGAAAUGCUUGUGCAAUCCCAUUUUUAACACUCUACUUUCGGCAGCUUGGGCUGUCUGCACCUCUAGUAGGGAUUAUAAUAGGACUCAAGCAUUUAAUCACUUCUCUUUGGGCCCCACUCUGUUCCUAUCUAUCCAAAACCCACAAUAAAAGGAAAAUAAUUAUUAGUGGGUCAUUGUUUUGCUCAGUUGCAACAGUUUUGCUACUUACACUCAUCCCACCAGUGAGCAAAGAUAUUAUUUAUAAAUUUUGCAACAUGAGCCAGCAUCCCACUAAACAACUGACUACAACGCAAGUGCCUUAUGUAACUAUGAACCAUCUGAAUGCAAUGAAUGGUAACUCUUUUGCCGAUAACAAAAUGUGGUCUACAGAAUCACUUGGAAUGAUCUCAAAGGACCAAGAGUCUAAGAAAAAACCAACAGUAAUGUAUACCUCAUUCAAAAUAAAAAAUAUUACAACUCCUAUAGUAAACCAAGGUAGCAAUGAUGUUGCUAUAAAGCCACAGCAAUUUGUAGAUGCCUCUUCUGGUGUGACAUCUGGUAUUUCUGGGGAAGCUUUUGUCCCAGCAGAGCAAAAUUUGGAAAAAACUACCGUGAAUGUGCCUUUGAAAGAAACUGCUGGCAUCAUGACUAUCAAAGAAAAUGCUGACCAAAACGACUUGAGAAGAAAUAGUAACUUCACAUUUUACAAAACCCCAUCAGCUGUUACAGAGGUACCUUAUGUACUGAAAAAUCUAUCAGGGCGCAGGGAAAGAGCACAAGAUAUAAGCUCUCAGUUACUUCAGGGCACUGACUUCUUGGACAGUGAGCAUCAGGUCUUCCUUAUGGUGUUAGGUGAUAUUGUCCUUUGGGAGCUGCUGGCUGGACCACUUGAGUGGAUGGUUGAUGAUAGUCUCUAUGAAUACCUUGACUUUGUGGAUGCUGCUGAUAGAUAUGAGAACCUUUGGAUCUGGAGCUACUUGGGAGCAUCUGUGGGUGUCUGCAGCACUGCAAUAUUUGUGGAUCAACUGAAUUGCUUUCUGAGUACUAAUAUUCCACGUUUUGCCGUGCAUUUUUAUGGCUAUGCCUUGUUCAUGACACUGACGUUACUUGUCAGUACCUUCUUUCCCAUUUAUGUGUCAGAGAAAAAAGAACAUGUCAAUAAAACAUCCAAAGCUUUGAAUCUCAUUGGGAGUGACGGUCGAACCAUCCUGUGUGCUGUCACCAUCUUCCUCACAGGAGCUAUUGGCUCAACUGUGCAGAAUUUUCUCUUCUGGCAAAUGCAAGAUCAAGGCAGCCAUGAAUUAUUCAUGGGCCUCUCGGUGACUAUUGGACUAAUUGCUGAAAUCCUGCUCUAUAUCUUCAAAAGCAAACUGCUAAAGGCGCUCUCUGGUGGUGGCACAGUUGCCUUGGGAUUAAGUUGCCUGGCAGCACAACUGCUCUACUAUUCUUUCCUCUGGAAUUCCUGGGCUGUGCUGCCAAUCCAGGUCUUCUGCGCCUUCAGCAAUGGCGCGUUAUGGUGGGCAGUGAACAUGCUGACAGAUGAUGUUGCCACUCCUGGCACAGAAAGGUCUCUGCACUUGGUCCUUCAAGGCCUCUCUCAUGGAUGUGGAGCCAGUUUAGGCAGCUUUGCAGGAGGGUUUGUUGUGAACAGCUUUGGUUUAGCAAUGCUCUACAGAGCAUGUUCCAUUACCUUAAUAUUGUGGCUAGUUUUGUUCUUGGUUGCUCAAUCUAAAUUACCACGACAUAAAAGGAUUAAUUAUUCCCGUCUCUUAGCUGCAGAUUCUAGUGAUAUGAGUGAUUCUGAUUAUGAUGAAGAGAAAGAAAGGGACUGGCUUGUAAAAGCUAUGAAAGAUGACAAGUUUACUAGGAAUUGGUAACUAAGACUGGAUUUCAACAGUCCCUUCAUCAGAAAGUAGACUACGGAGAAUUAGGGUGAAGUUUUUAGAAAUAAUCCAGACCGGAUCUGUAAGAAUGUAUUCUAUUGGCAAGUCAAUUUUAUGAUGUAUAUAUUUGCUCAGGAAAUUAUUAUAAAGAUUUUAUAAAUAU